UGAUAACUGUCCAAUUAGGAACGUUGCCAGAGCGGUGGGCAGGCUCUCAAAACCUCGCGUGCUUUCGCUGGAGCUGGCCAUCUUUGGCACCUCUGGGAGCAUCUGUUGUUGUGCUGCAGAGGCGGUGACGUUGUCAGGUGCCUUGUCAUCCUCUGGCCUGGUCCCAGAGGCACGCGUAGGGGCCCGGGAUACUUCAGAAGCGGGGAGAUGGAUCCGAUGACAUUUGAAGAUGUGGCCAUUAAUUUUUCUCCAGAGGAGUGGGAAUGUCUGGACUCUGCCCAGCGAGACUUAUACAGGGAUGUAAUGGACGAGAAUUACAGAAACCUGCUGUCUGUGGAGGCAUCCUCACAUGGUACCCAAGACUUUUCAUCAAAGCAGGACAGGAAGCAUGCCUUCCAAGAAAAGGUAAGCAGAAGAUCCAGCAAGUGUGGCACUGACAGUUUCCAUCUAAGGAGACAGUGGGAGCGUGUGAGGAAGAGUCAGGAAGUCCUUCACGGUGGACCGUGUGCGACAGCUAGCAAUAGUACAGAGAAAAGUGUCUCUGCCAACAGAGAUCAAGAACAGAAUGCAUCUCAGAAAAGGCCUCGUGCUGUGGCAGUGACUCACAAAGAGCCCUUCCUUUCAAGAAGCAAACAUUCCCAGCCACAUUUGAAACAUACCUUGCCUCUGAAAGAAAACCAGGAACCUCUGGAAGGGUGCCUGGGCCGAGACACGACCAGUAAGCUGAACAGUUUGAAACUGAGCACUGCAUUGAACUCUUAUUCAAACAUUUCUGUAGCUAGAUUAGAAGUUAAAUAUAGUUCUAAAUGUGAUCAGUCUGAGAACUCUUUUACAAAAAAUCCAUUGUUUUGUAGUGAACCAACAACUCCUUGUGCCAAAAUACACAGUGUCAAUGAACGUGGGCAGGAGCUUUCUCAUCCCUCAUUGUUAAAUCAAAACACAGAUACAACGAUUCAGGAAGCAGAGAGUGUGUGUAGUGGGACUGCCCAGACUGUUAGCCCAAGCUGUAGCAGAAAUAACAACCAGGAUUUCUGUAUUGGAGAGAAAACUUAUGAGUGUUCUGAGACACAUAAAAGCCUCAGCCAUGGAAAGUGUAUUCCUUGUCCAGAGAAUGUUGAUAGAGGUAACAAAGAUCUUCAGAGUUCCCACCUUCAAGACAAAGCUUACAACUGUGAAGAAUGUGACCUGACUUUUAGUCAAAAGUCAGAUCUCAUAGGACACCAGAAAACUCAUAGGAGAGCCAAACCCUACAAAUGUAAAGAAUGUGGUAAAGCUUAUAUCAGUCGUUCACGCCUUAAUGUACACCAGAAAAUUCAUUCUGGAGAGAAUCCCUUUGAAUGUAAAGAGUGUGGCGAAGCCUUUCCUAGUGGUAGAGCUUUAACUUACCACCGAAAAACUCAUAGAGCAAAGAAAUGUUACGACUGUAAAGAGUGUGGCAAAGCCUUUAAGAAGAGUUCAAACCUCAGACAACAUCUAAGGAUUCACACCGGAGAGAAGCCUUACAAAUGUCAGGAUUGUGGCCUAGCUUUUAAGCAAACCUCACAUCUUGCUAAACACCAGAGAAUUUACGCUGGAGAAUGUGGCAGAUCCUUUGUCAAGUGUUCUACUAGCAGACGGUGUCAUGGUGUUCACCCUGGAAUGAAGCCCCACAAGUGCAAGCAGUGUGGUAAAACCUUUGUUGAUAUUUCAAAGCUCACUGAACACCAGAACGUUCACACUGGAGAGAAACCGUUCAAAUGUAAAGAGUGUGGCAAAGCCUUUAAAAGUAGCUUAAGCCUGAAACAACAUCACGUCCUCCAUAGUGGAGAGAAGCCCUACAAGUGUAAAGAGUGUGAGAAAGCCUUCAAUCAGAUUGCAAAGCUUACAGAGCACCAGCGAGUGCACACUGGAGAGAAGCCCUAUGAGUGUAAAGAAUGUGGCAAGGCCUUUCGCAAUUUUUCAGCGUUCAAUUACCACCACAGAACCCAUACAGGAGAGAAGCCCUACGAGUGUAAGGAGUGUGGCAAGGCUUUUACCAAAAGUUCGGACCUCAAGAGGCAUCACAGAAUUCAUAGUGGGGAGAAACCUUACAAAUGUACCGAGUGUGGCAAAGCCUUUUCCAUGAGCUCAGGUCUUAGAGAGCAUCUCAGAGUUCAUACUAGAGAGAAACCCUACAAAUGUGAACAGUGCAACAAAGCCUUCAACCAUUGUUCACACCUCACUUUACACCAGAGAGUUCACACCGGAGAGAAGCCCUACGCAUGUGAAGUCUGUGGCAAAGCUUUUUCCAGGUGUUCGGGCCUCAAAUAUCAUAACAGAAUUCAUGCUGGAGAGAAGAGUUCCUAAUGUAAAGAGUAUGGCGAGCUGUGUGUGUGCACACAGGUGAUGAUGUGUGGAAGUCUGAGGUUAACAUUGGAUGCUCUCCUCCAUUGCUCUACCUUUUUGGUUUUUAAAAAAAUUACCUUAAGCAUUUUAUUUUGCGUGUUCAUGUGUAUGUAUUUGCAUGCUUGUCACAUAGUCGGAGGAUUGGUUAUGUCCUUCCAUGUGGUCUUGGGGACCUAACUCAGGAGGUCACACCGAGUCACAGUUCCUUUACCUGCUGAGCCAUCUUACUGACCUCACCUUAUUUUUUGAUACAAAGUUUAAUUUUUUUUAAAAGGAUGUAUUUCUAUGCGUAUAAUGUAUGAAUGUCUGUGCAUCACAUGCACUGCCCACAGAGGCCAGAAGAGGGCAUCAGAUUCUCUGGCAGUGGAGUUACAGGCAGUUCCUAGAACCAUUUGGUUGC